AAAUAAAAUUUUAAAACUAUCUGAUUGACAACUAAAUUGACAAGUGAAUAAAAACAAUUACGAGUAUUUGUUUAGAAAUAAGAGAUAGAACGAAGGAAAUUAUCCAAUAAGAACAAUAGUAAAAUAAUCACCAUCACAUACCAAUAUGAAAUUUUAUAGUAACUUGAAAGAUUUUGUGAUCCUUUGUUUUAAAAGUUAGGUUAUAUUUAUAUGACUCAGGUGGUGAUUGCAAAUGAUUGGCGAUUUUUGAUGUGCCUUUUGAGUGGUUGUAUUACCUUAUAGGGGAGAGGAGACUGUGUAUUUGUUGCUGACGUUAUUGUUCAGUUUAUAUUAAGUUUUCGUGAUGAGUGAACGUGAGGGACCUAGUAGUUCAGGAUCGGAAGGACCUGACAAGGAUAAAAACAGGACUCCUUCACAGCCUGUGCCAGCUGGAUCGCGGAAUGCCAGUUACUAUGCAAGUGAGCCUAUUCAGUUCAGAGUCCGUGGCUCCACUAUUACAGGAGCCUCACCCCCUAAGUUUGUUACUCUAGAGGAUAUUAUGAAAGCGGCACAUGGCAUGCAGAACAUGGCCUUGGCACACGAAAUUGCUGUUGACAAAGACUUCAAAUUAGAGCCUUUUGAGCCACCAGACAACAGUUAUCAAAAACUAGUAAAGGAAACAAUGCACAAGGCAUACUUUGAUAUAUUAAGGGAACAAUUAAAUUCUGAUCCUCCAGAAUACAAACAGGCUCUUGUAUUACUUGAAGAUGUGAAACAGGGCCUAUUCUCGAUUCUCUUACCACGUCAUGUACGCAUUCGAGAGAUGAUCGAAGAAGUACUAGACACAGACUUCAUCAAGCAGCAGGCUGAGAACAACAGCCUAGACUUCCACAAGUAUGCUAAGUUUGUUAUGGAUUUGAUGGCAAAGCUCGCAGCUCCCGCUAGAGAUGAGAUGAUACAGAAUAUCUCAACAUUAACUGACACAGUAGAUGUGUUUCGCGCGAUAUUAGAAACAUUAGAAGUACUGAAACUUGACCUGGCUAACACACUCAUUGCUAUGAUACGUCCACAUGUCCAGCAAGAGAGUGUGCAGUACGAACGGACCAAGUUUGACGAGAUGCUCAAACUAUCUGAAGAUGGCCUACAGCACACCCGCGAAUGGCUCAAACGGCAUAUAGACAAGACUGGAUUAAGUAUACCUGUCACAGAUCAGGUUGUUAUAAGAAAUAUUACAGCACAAACCUUGGCUAAGGCUUACCUCGAACUGUUAGAGUGGGACGGCUCUAAAGAAUAUCCAGAGACUGUAGCUCUGGAUGCUCCGAGGUUCGCUGAGCUAGGCACACAGGUGUACCGGUUGAUAUGCGUCGCGUCGCUCCUGCUGGCCAGUCCCUCAUGCUCCAGUGAUCCCGAGACGACUGCUAGACACAAGCAGUCGCUCAAGGACAAGAUCAUCAUCAUUGUUGAUGAUGCUUCUAAUGAUAUUGAAUUAAGAGCUGUGCUGCCAUCAGUCGCUGAAGAAGUAAUCCUGGUGACAGAUCAACUACUGGAAAAUGUAAAUCAACAGCCGUUAACUUCUGAAACUAAAGAACUCAUUAGAACACAGAUUACUUCGCUUGCGGACCCUGAACAUAGAGUCCGAGAGAUUGUUCGCCAACGAGUAUUCGAGUUUCUCAAAAUAAUCCUGGUUUGCGCCGGAGGAUCGCGUCAGAUUCCGGUCGGACUGUCAGCUUUAUCACGCGAGUUGACGUCGAUAUCUGGCACGUUGUUACGCUACGUCAUGCACAACAAAGCAGUCUUCACCAAUUACUACAUGGACAUAAUUGCUGAAGAAUUGAGUAGAAACUAAAAGAAUCUGUUUAGUAUCAAUUUUUAACACGUAAAAAUAGUUCUUGUUAUAAUUAUGCUACGACGUAUUAUUAUGUGCGUUAAUGCAAUGUAUUCAUUAUAUAAAUUCGUUCUUUAUAUCGAUAAGAAAUAUUAUUACAAUGAGCUGACUUAUACAUGUCGUGAUGAAAUCAGCAUUCUAUACUCUUGAAAACUGUAGAAUAGUGACUGGUUCAUAUUUUAAAAACUAAAAUAAUAAGGCUUUUACCGCCUAAUUUUUACUAACAGAAAGAUUUUUUGUAUUUUUAUAAGCAAACAUACAUUUCAGAAAUUCAGUACAAGUCAUUUGUAUGGAAUAUACAAUAGAAUCCAUCACAUCAAUAUUGAUCAAAUAACUUUAUACACAAAUAUUAAAUGGUUCUCAAAUAAGUGCAUUUUUACAUGAUAUUGUAUCGCCGUAGUCCGCUCUGAAGUCACAACGGAUGACUGUGGACUUGAAAGUGUAUUAGACAGAUGAUGCAAUUGAUGAUGAUGGAAUUCAGAGCCAGCUAGAAGUAUGGUAACAUACAAUUAACGCCAAUUUUUAUGAUCGUCAUGAAGUUAGUUGUUAAGCAUGAUUAAUGUUUGUUAGCAUCCCAAACAAUAUGGCGGUGUUUGCAACCAACUUCAGACCAUAUAAUGAUAAGCUAAUUUAAAAGCAUUUAUAGCUAUUAUCAAAACAGUUUCGACUUAAUGUAUUUUACCCAUUAUUGAGCUAAGCAUUCCGUGUUUGUAUAUCGUUGUUGCCUAGUCAAUAAAACGGUGCUUUAUACAAAAUAAUAAAAUGAAAAACUAUUCAAAAUAUCUGAUAAAUAUCAGACUCUGCGAAAAAUCUAGAUUUUUUCUAUUUAAUUAUACAACAAAGCAAUGUAUUUAUUUAUGAAUGUAUUUAUUAUAAUACGAUGAAAUUAUCAAGCGUUCUAAAGGAUUCUGCUGUUAUAUAAAAAAUAUUUGUUAGAGCUCAAUCACAUGAAAUCAUGUGCUUGGAUAUAGCAUUUGGAUAUGCCCUAAUUAUUUUUAGAUGUUUAAUAUCUCAAUUUUAAAAACAUAAUCUUUUAUAUCCCAUAUAGAUAUUUCGAUAUUCCAGUUUUGAGAUUACGUAAUUUUAUUAUAUAAAAUACAAAAAAAAAAAGUGGAACGAAAUGUACGAGAAGUUAGUUAAAUUCUUUGAGUACGUUGUUUUGCAUAUUUAUUUAUUAUAAUUAACUGCUUUUGUGAAAAAUGUUAUGACUAAUAAAAUUAUUAUUACCAAGUAAAAUUGGUACCUAUGUUUCACAUUAUCACAAAAACUAAAUAGUAAGGAAUAUGUUGUCAAUCUAAAACAGCUUCUUAUUAUCAAAGGAAGGAACAAAUUAAUUUUAUGUUGGUAAUGUUUGUUUACUUGUAACCAAUGGAUGCCGCACUAAUAAAGUAUCGAUAAAGUAUA